AUGCGCGCACCUGCUCACCCAUACGAUGUGGAACUUGGUACGCUUCCGCAGCGCCGUAUAUGGGAGGCUCGCGUCAUGACUAUGGGAGACGACCAAAGGAGGAGGGAUGCAAGGAUGAUUAGGAUCAAGAUUGCAGGAGCGGUAUUGGUAAUUAUUGGGUUUUGGGUAUUGGUGGGCCUGGAGGUCUGGAGGAGACAAAGAGGUGAAGGUUACGAUGGGAUCGAAGAUUUCAACAUGUUUAGCUUCUCUGCUCUCCACAGCGUCGUUACAAAUUUUGAGGCUUUAUCAUCCAGCAGUGUCUCUUCGCCGGCCCCAGAGACGGUAUCGACUGAACCAUAUAAUAUAGACCAUAUCACUCUUCAAAUGGCAGAUACAGAGCGAGAAGAUGUUGUGUCCGACAAGAACCAAUCCAUUGCGGAUUUUUCUGAGAUACCUGACCACAAUGCAACACCAUACCAUCACCUCGAUCUCUCAACUACUCGCUACGUCCCCAACAACAAUACUGUCAUCACCGCAACGAAAUUAGACACCUCAACAUUGGACGCACCCAAAGACAAGACAAGCAUCCGGUCUCAAGUCCCAUCAGAGCGACACAUUAAUCGCGCCAACAUCACCAACGUCAACACCAACGCCAGCGACGUUGAGCUGGGCCCACUGCCAAACUCGACCGUUACAACACGGUGUUACUACUCGCCGUCCUCCUCUUCAACAGCAAAUACUCUUCAACGCCAACGCACUCGGAGGAUCCUCCAUCAUGUCAUGGUGGCUUUGGCCGGAAUGGUGGUGAUUGUUGUUGUGGCUUGCGCCAUAAUUUAUGUGGUCGCUUCACUGAAGUUUUCGAGGGCAUCGUGA